CUAUGAAUGAAUAUGAAGAACACGUUCAGUGAGGCACAGUAUGUGAGAUGCUGUGCCGUGCCUCUCUGCAGCUCAGCGUAUGGGGUCAUGUGUGACAUUGUGUGUGUGGCCCCUCGCGUGGUGGCUGGAUGGGACAGGUGGGACAACGUGAGGGGCUGUGCGCCCUGGGAGGGGGGUCCUCAGGAUGCUGACUCUGUGACUGCGCUCCCCCACGUGACCCUGAGUGGCUGUGAUACUCACAGAUGACUGGCCCCCUGCGCCAGGUCUCUGCCCCAGCUCCCCGCUCCUGUUCCUUGGCCCGCCCUGGCCCCGCCCCCUACCCCUACCCCAGGCUGUCACCUCCUGCGGAGCCCAGGCGAGGCCGUGGAGGCGACAGCGUCAGAAGCAAGUGAUUGAGAGGCGAGCUGGGAACAGACCCGGCUGCCCUUGCGUGACCGGACCCUUCGUUCUCCAUGCCCUGCUGCCCACACGAUGCCCACCUGUCCACCCUGGUGGCCGCUGCUUCUGCUCUCGCUGUGGGAGCCGCUGCUCCGGAGCGCGGAGGCAGGCUCUGAGGGGCAGACGGCGGGAGCGCUGUACCAGCGCUGGGAGCGGUACCGCAGGGAGUGCCAGGAGACGCUGGAGGCCUCGGAGCGCCCAGCAGGUCUCGCCUGUAACGGGUCCUUCGAUAUGUACGUCUGCUGGGACUACACUGCACCCAACGCCACUGCCCGUGCGUCCUGCCCUUGGUAUCUGCCCUGGCACGGCCACGUGGCUAAAGGCUUUGUCCUCCGCCAAUGUGGCAGUGAUGGCCAAUGGGGACCUUGGAGAGACCAUUCUCAGUGUGAAAACCCAGAGAAAAAUGGGGUUUUUCAGGACCAAAGGCUGACCUUGGAACGGCUGCAGGUUGUGUACACCGUGGGCUACUCCCUGUCCCUUGCCACACUGCUGUUCGCCUUGCUCAUCUUGAGUACCUUCAGGCGGCUGCGCUGCACUCGCAACUACAUCCACAUCAACCUGUUCACGUCUUUCAUGCUGCGGGCGGCUGCCAUCCUUACCCGGGACCGUUUGCUUCCUCCCCCUGGCCCCUACCCUGGGGAUCAGGUCCUUACCUCGUGGAACCAGGCCCUAGCUGCCUGUCGCACGGCCCAGAUCGUGACCCAGUACUGCGUGGGUGCCAACUACACGUGGCUGCUGGUGGAAGGCAUCUACCUGCACAGUCUCCUUGUGCUUGUGGGAGGCUCCGAGGAGGGCCACUUCCGCUGCUACAUGCUCCUCGGCUGGGGGGCCCCCACGCUUUUCGUCAUUCCAUGGGUGAUCGUCAGGUACCUGUUCGAGAACACGCAGUGCUGGGAGCGGAACGAUAUCAAAGCCAUUUGGUGGAUCAUACGAACCCCUAUUCUCCUAACAAUCUUGAUUAAUUUUCUCAUCUUUAUCCGCAUCCUUGGCAUCCUCGUGUCAAAGCUGAGGACGCGACAGAUGCGCUGCCCGGACUACCGACUGAGGCUGGCUCGCUCCACGCUGACGCUGGUGCCUCUGCUGGGCGUCCACGAGGUGGUGUUUGCUCCCGUGACUGAAGAACAGGCCCGGGGUGCCCUGCGCUUGGCCAAGCUCGGCUUUGAGAUCUUCCUCAGUUCUUUCCAGGGCUUCCUGGUCAGCGUCCUCUACUGCUUCAUCAACAAGGAGGUGCAGUCGGAGAUCCGCCGGGGCUGGCACCGCUGCCGCCUGCGCCACAGCCUCGGCGAGGAGCCGCACCAGCGCCGCGAGCCCGCCUUCCGGACCCUGCCCUCCGGCUCCGGCCCGGGCCAGGUCGCCGCUGGCCGCGCUCUGUGCUCGAGGACCCUCCCAGGUCCUGGGGGUGAGGCCAACCACGUCUUAGAAAGUUACUGCUAGGCAGCGGGAUUCUUGGGUCUAUUCAGUUAGCAUGUAUUUAUUGAGCGCCUGCUGAGUACCAGGCUUGGCUUGGAGGGUGCUGGAGAAAUGGCGGGGGUUUGGGGCGGGGGGCGGGGAAGGAAACAGAAAAGCCCCUGUUCUCCUAGAGAUCACAACUGAGUGGGGGAAAUAGGCGGUGAGGACAGACCAAAUUAUACUAUAUACACUGUGCGAUGGCUUAGGAAGAAAAGUUAGGAGGGGACCUAGUGUGGUUCAGGACAUCUCUGAUGAAGCGACUUUGAAGUCAUGCCCAAAAGAGGUGAAGGAGACAGCUUUGCAAAGAAUUGGCAGGCAAGGUUUAAGGCAGAAGGAAGAACACCCGUGAAGGCCCUAGGGCAAGAAGGAGCUUGGCUGUGUCUGAGGAAGAGAGAGGUGACCUACCAGGCUGGAGCGGGAUGAGUCAGAGCCCACAGAGGGGGAGAGAGAAGUAGGUGGGAACAGAAGAGUGGGCAUUUUACUCCAGGUUCAUGGAAGAUUCUUUGGGGCGUCUCCUAAUGGAAUGGGCUAAGGUGUUAUCUGCCCUGUGGGGAUGGAUUAUUAGGGGCUAUGGGGCAGCUGGGAGCCAUGUCAGAAGUCUGAUAAUGGUGGGAGGUGAUGUUAGCAGGACCAGGGUGGCAGCCAUGUAAGAUGUGAAAUGGUU